CGGGCGCAGGCCCCGUCGGGGGGCCCGGAGGGGGGCUGGUCGCGGGCACAGGGGCGGCUCCGGCGGCGGACUCGGACCUCGGACCGGGAGGCUGAGUGACCCGACAGCUGUCCUCUGACACCAGCCCAGCCCCCCUCACCGUGUGGCCAUGAAAGCUGCAAGCCUCUGCCUGCUCCUCCUGCCCGGCCUGCUGGCGCAGGGCCAGUACGACCUGGACCCAGUGCCUCCCUUCCCGGACCACAUACAGUACAACCAGUAUGGAGAACAGAUCGACAUUGCAGACUACUAUGAUUAUCAAGUUUCAGAGGUGACUUCCCGGUCCCCCGAGAGGCAGUUCCAGUCUCAGCAGCAGGUUCAGCAGGAGGUCAUUUCAGCCCCCACCCCUGAACCAGGUAAUGCGGAGACGGAGCCCACGGAGCCUGGGCCUCUGGACUGCCGUGAGGAACAGUACCCCUGCACUCGGCUCUACUCCAUUCACAAGCCCUGCAAGCAAUGCGUCAACGAGAUCUGCUUCUACAGCCUCCGCCGGGUGUACGUGGUCAACAGGGAGAUCUGUGUCCGCACCGUCUGCGCCCACGAGGAGCUGCUCCGAGCUGACCUCUGUCGGGACAAGUUCUCCAAGUGCGGCGUCAUGGCCCUCAGUGGCCUGUGCCAGUCCGUGUCCGCCUCCUGUGCCAGGAGCUGCGGGGGCUGCUAGGGGGCAGUCGGCACCCCCAAGUCUCGGCCCUCAGGCCCGGCCUGACCUGGUGCUUCUCCCCCGGCCCCUCCUCCCGUGUAUUCUGCCCAGAGGCAGUGCUGGGCCUGGGCUUGCCUCGGCCUCCCCCAGCCUGCGGGUGCCCCGGGCUCCCUGGGGCAGCAGGGGCACUGCCCUGCCCCUCAGUCCCUCUGAGGAGGGGCCCCUCCCUGCCCCCCACCCUGAGGUAUGCUGUGCCCCUCAACCCAGCUGGUCUGCUUGGAUUUUCUACAGUCCCCGGGGCAUUGGCCACCUUGAUUUUACAUAAA